AACAACGUCAGUGUCUGUGUAUUGACAACAAUCACAUCAUUGAUAUCCAAUUGAAUCCAGAAAUAAGUUGAUUAAUCACAACAACAACAAACUCAUUGGUCAUCAGCUUAUCAAAGAUGAGUCUGAGGUCGACAACGACGACAACUGUUGACUCAAUACAACAUUUGAGAUCACAAAUGAUGAAAAUAAGCAGAAAUCGUAUCAUUCGUCUAUUGAACACAAGUCGCAUCAGUUCUGUCUUAUUGUCGACAAACUUAAUAAACAAAAUAAUGAAUAAUACCGUUGAUGAAGGAGUUCUUGUGGUGGUCAACAAUGUAUUAUCAAAUGCAAUGGCAAUUAAUGCCAUUAAUAGUGAAGAACGAAUGAUUACAUUAAUUGACUGUUUGAGUGAAUUAUUGGCUGGAAUUGGACACCAAAUACCAGAUAAUUGGCGAGAAUUGUAUGUCACUGAAAGCAAUGUCCGACACUUCAGGGACUUAUUAAAUGAUAUGUGGAUUCCACACUUGUCUCACGUGACUCAAGAAGACACUGCCGUAAACAAUGUUAUCACUCAAAUCGUUGAGACUUAUCGCAGGCCUCUAAACGGACAAAUGUCUUCACCAGAAGCUGUGGACACUCCUUUGUCUGUAGACUCUAAUGACUCGUCCAAUAAUACUGAACAACAGGUUAUGCCCGCAGCCGUACAUGCAUUACGACCAUCUGAUGAGUGGUCAGACAUCUCAACCGAUCCGUUAGAGUUGGACCAAUCGGUUGGUUCUAGUAAUGAAUCGGAUAAAUCCAUCAAUACAUCAAUUGAGCCGAAGUCGGACUCAUCUCAAGACUCUCCGAAGCCGUCGACAUCAAGAAUUGAUUGAAUU